GAACAUUUAGUUUGCGCCCUAUGAUUGGAUAUUAAACUCUGGCAGAUGGCAAAUGGGGCUUCAAGAUUAGGGUGGAAGCUCUGUAUAAAGCAUAGUUCAAAGCAGGGGCAGACUGACAACUCAUGGGGCCCCCGGGCAACAGGGGAUCAUGGGGCCCCUGUGUCCUUGCCCAAACUCAAAAAAGCCUAUGAAAAAGGUACCAGAGGCAUCUCAUGGGGCCCCCUACUGACCCCAGGCCCUUGGGCAGUGCCCAAGUUUCCAAAUGGUCAGUCCGCCCCUGGUCCGAAG